UAAAAGUGUCUAAAACCCAUUCUGUAGUUACUUUUUGUUCAGUAGUUCCUUCUUUCAUAAAUUCCGUGUAUAUCGAUGACAUUGUGAUAUUCGGCCGGACUAACGAAUGCAGUGUAAUUGAUAAAACGUUUUCCAUUCAGUGUAAAUUGCCGCACGUUAAUAAUUCAAAGAACAGUUUCAUUGAAGUGUAUAAGGUGAUACAUCAACAGUCGUCAAUGAGAAGCGGGGCGCUAGCGGCAAUGGAGGCCGAGCCUGACCUCAGCACGUUCGAGAACAAGUCAGGGCUGGCUGAGGACAUGAAGUUCCUCGCCUCCAUGCCCGAGCUUUGUGACGUCACAUUCCUUGUGGGCGAUACUAGAGAGCCGGUGUGCGCUGUGAAAGCUGUGCUCGCAGCUAGAAGCAGGGUAUUCCAAAAGAUGCUCUACCAAGCUCCAAGUCCUCAAAGGAAGAAGGAACCAGCACCAAGGGAGAACAAACUACGGCUAUUCCUAAAAAGAUCUUCGGAACCGCUGUUGAACCUUCAGAAUGCUGCCCAACAGCCAUCUUCACAGCAGCAUCAGACAUUGAUCAUUGAAGAAUUUGAACCAGAUGUGUUUCGUCAGCUAAUUGAGUACAUUCAUACUGGAUGUGUGACUCUCCAGCCUAGGACACUACUCGGAGUAAUGAACGCAGCCGACUACUACGGUCUGGACGAGCUCCGCCGCGCGUGCGCCGGUUUCGUGCAGUGCUGCAUCACCGUCGACACUGUCUGUGCGCUGCUUGCGUCAGCUGAGCGAUACAUCCAGUAUAAGUGUACUAAGUCGUUGGUGCAGAAGGUGUUGGAGUUUGUAGACGAACAUGGCAAUGAGGUGCUCAACCUUGGAUCAUUCACGCUGCUGCCUCAGCAUGUCGUCAGGUUAAUACUGGCCAGGGAUGAGUUGAGAGCUGAUGAGUUCACGAAGUUUCAGGCCGCUCUCAUGUGGAGCAAGAAGUACUGCGAUACCAACCAAAACAUGAAUUUGAAGGAAGUGAUCGGGAACUUUCUCGAAUACAUCCAGUUCCACAAGAUCCCGGCUAACGUGCUGAUGAGGGAAGUGCACCCUCUUGGCCUGGUACCAUACUCCAUCAUAAUGAACGCGCUGGCGUACCAGGCAGACCCGGCCAGCGUAGAUCCAGGCAAACUCUCCCCAGCGCGAGUCCGACGCGCUGGCCGCUCCAUGUCCGUGCAGUCUUCGCUCGACCCCUACGGGUCCAACACCACCCUCUCCUCCACCGGCUCGAGCGAUGUUCCGUCGUCAGACUCUCGGCACAACUAACGC